AUGGAGUCCUUGCAAUUAGACUUGGCUAUAACAAAAGCUGUGACAAACGAUUUCUCUCCUGAAAACAAGUUGGGUACAUGUGGAUUUGGUGAAGUUUUCCAGGGAAGACUUCCUAAUGAACAACAAAUUGCGGUGAAGAGGCUAUCUCAAAGCUCAAGACAAGGCGAUGAAGAAUUCAAGAAUGAAGUUCUAUUAGUUGCAAAGCCUCAACACAGAAACCUUGUACGACUGUUCGGAUUUUGCUUGGAGGGAGACGAAAAGCUACUGGCCUACGAGUUUGUGACAAAUAAAAGCCUUGAUUACUUCUUAUUUGAUCCUGAAAAAAGGGGACAAUUAGAUUGGCCAUUACGUUAUAAAAUAGUGUUUAGGAUUGCUCAAGGAAUGCUCUAUCUACACGAAGAUUCUCGUCUCCAGAUCAUCCAUCGUGACCUCAAAUGUAGCAAUAUCUUAUUAGACAAUGAAAUGAACCCGAAGAUUUUGGAUUUUGGCAUGGCGAAAUUAAACUUAGGCUAA